AGGUUUAAUUAUUGUUAAACACAUUUAGUAUAAAUACUUCCUGUGUGUAUUAGUCUCUAAAACGAUUUAGUUUCAUUCUCAUCUGGUGAAAAAGACAUUUGAAUGCACAGGAAGUAUUGUUUAACAUGUUUUUUUCUGCUUGUUUAGUGGUAUGUGUUUUUGUGAACAAUCAUUUAUACACUAUCAGCCAUAUAUAUUUCAAACCUUGUUUUUAUUUGUAUUCUCUACAAUUGGAAUCUCCUCUCUAAAUCUGCUUGCCUUAUAAACAUAAAAGGUGCUCUGUGGAGUUUUUGAAAACAAUCACUUGAUUUAUUACCUCAGUAAAAAUGUUCUUAAUGACUUUAUGGUCUGUAGCGCUGGUUUCAAGUCUUUGAACAGCAUGAUGUGAACUUUAGUCCCGCUGAGAGUAACAUAGUUGAUAAAGUAGGGUAUGAUUUAGGGCGGGGCUACCUUGUGAAUGACAAGUUGCUGUCAGACAAUAUGUUUCACAUUAAGACUGUAAUGAGUCAGCUGUUUAUUUUACAAAGAAGCACCUUUUGUUUAAGCAUGUUUUGCGCUAGACUUAGCAUCCCAAUUAGGGAACAGGAAGUGAAUUAUUGAUGAAACUUGCUAACCAAGCUAGCUUUAGCUGGUUAGUUAUUACUCCAUUUCACUUCAUGGUCCCCCGCGUGGCCUUGCUCCUCCCCAGCGCCUCCAAAAGACCAAAAUAACAACAACCAUACUUAAGGCUUCAAAGCUGUGGGCCUACAACCAAACAGAGACGUCACACUGUCAACUUUCCCUUUUAUAGAUAUAUAUAUAUAUGUGUUGUAUCAUUAUAUAUAAUGAUAUAACAUAUAUAUAUAUAUAUAUAUAUAUAUGUAUAUAUAUAUAUAUAUAAUAUAUAUAUAUAUAUAUAUAUAUGUAUAUGUAUAUGUAUGUAUGACAUUUCUGCUCAAAACAUUGUUAAGUUGUUCUAAAAGAUAUUCAAAAACUCCACAGGGAUACCUUUUUAAUAAGUCCAUCUUCAGAAAAUGUAUUUAUUUAAAAUGAUUAUACUCCCAAUAAACAUUUAUUGUUAAGAAAUACUUUUCUGUUAAAAUGAAAUAAAGACCCGAGUGAAAGCCUGUUGGUGAGUUAAAAAAUUAUAACGCUUCUUUAUUUUCUCUGAGCAGCCGGGAGCCAGAGUCUGUAGUCGUCCCCACAGAGAGGAGAAUGGUUUAUGUAUGAUAGGAGGAGCUUACACAAAGCAAUGUUUGGCUUCGGGGUAGUAAGACGCAGAACAGACAGAGCCCAAGUGGCGAACAAACGCUGGGGCCAUCCCAAUUAGCAGUUGGCAGUAGAUUAACAGUGUAGUGGUUUCAGAGCCCCCCCCCCCCAAGCACUGGACAGAUAGCGCCUCUAUUCAAGUCUACAAAGCAUUUGCAUAUCGAUAAUCCAGAGGAGAGAAAGGGCCGAUGUGUCUGACACACAGCUGUGAUCUCCCUGUAUGAAAGAAAUAUUAUCCCCCCUCAGCCAGCGGGUACUCCCUCCACAUCUGUCCGAGGGCUAUGUGACUGAUUAUUUUGGGCAUUCCAAUUCAGGAUGCCCCCAGGAGGCAAGAGACCAACAAGGGCCUCUGUUUCCUCCAACCAUCGACCCCCCUCCCCACUCUUGUUUUUCACCCGCUCUCCUAUAGGGAAGGGGGCCCUCUAGAACUAAACAGACCAUCGACAAAAGAUCAUUUCUGAGACUUCAGUCAUAAACUUCUAAAUUAACAACACAGUCCAUCUUCUAUCUAUCAGUAGGGGGGUGGGAGUUCAUAGUUAAGGCACUCGGUCGACCACUAGGCCUCGUUGUCAUGGUGUCAUACCCAACAUCUCAUUGGCACUGAGGCAUGCCAUUCUUCUCCCCGCUGCUAAAAUGUGCUGCUUAUUCUGACUCAGGCUAUUGUGGGGCGCACAAGUGGCUCUCUGAGGAGAAGGGGAUGGAGAAAGAAAGGGCGGGUCAAGGUUCAAAUUGAAGGCUCUCAUUGGGACUCCGUUUCUGUUAUCAAAUUUGUUGAAACACAAAAAGAGCCACAGUCUCAUUCCCAAGGACAUCUUGAGGGAGAGAAAGGGGGGAUAGGACAGCAUUCUUUGUGUCAGAGCUCCAGAGCUCGCCGUUGGACUCCAGUCUCCACUCAGCUCCUGCAGAGUGUUCAGCAGCUCAAUUGUUCCUAAAGCAGCCUAACUUCUUUCAAGACAUCCAGUGACUGUAAAGAUCACAACCUCAGCCCCACUGAUAUUUGUGUAAAUGACUAAAGCAGACAAAAGCUAAAUGAGAGGAGUGGACAGAUGGAGCUUGCCGGAGGGAUAAAGCAGUGGGUGGUCAUUUUUGAGCAACCAAAUGGAGUCUGCUACAAUGGACCUGUCCUCUGUGCUAUCCAAUCAGUCAUCAGAAAGCUGUGCACCGGUGGAUACCACAGUGGAGAACACACUGUUCGGAUGCUUCUACAUCCUGGUUUUCUUCCUGGCGCUGAACGGUAACAGCCUUGCCCUCUGGAUCUUCUCUCACCAGCGUGGCGCUUCAUCUCCAGCAAAUGUCUUCUUGAUUCAUCUGGCUGUGGCAGACUUAUCAUAUGUCAUCAUCCUCCCCCUGAGGGCCACCUACCACCUCACAGGGGGCCACUGGCCCUUUGGCGAGGUGCCAUGCAGGUUGGCAGGGUUUUUAUUUUUUGUCAACAUGUACGCCAGCCUGUACUUCCUGGCCUGUGUGGCGGGGGAUCGCUACUUGGCUGUGGUUCAUGCUGUGAGGUCUCUAAAGGUUCGUCGUGCCCGCUACGCUCACAUCAUCAGCUUCUCUCUAUGGGCCCUGGUUACUGUUUCCAUGGCGCCACUGCUCAUCACCAACCAGACGGCAGAUGUAGAUGGCAUGACAGUGUGUUUGCAGCUGUACAGAGAGAAGGCCUCGCGCAAUGCUCUGAUCUCCCUGGCUGUGGCCUUCACCCCACCUUUCCUCACCACCCUGUCCUGUUACCUGCUCAUCAUUUAUAGCCUGCAUCGGGGCUCCAGGUUAGAGCCUGCCCUCAAGCUGAGGGCCCUGCGCACAAUUGGCCUGGUCAUGCUCAUCUAUGUAGUGUGUUUUCUGCCUUAUCAUGUGAGCAGGGCCACUUUUAUCCUGGGCUAUAACCACCCUGACGUCUCCUGCCAGAAGCGCAGAGGCUUGAGCUUGGCCAACCGCCUCACCUCAUCCCUCACCUGCCUGAACGGUGCCCUGGACCCGCUAAUCUACCUGUUUGGAGCGGAGAAGUUCCGCGGAACACUAAUGCGAUUAUUUUGCAAAGAUCAGGCGGGAGUGUCAGCAGCCACCAGUGGAGAGUUAAAGGGAACACACGAGAGCUCUGUCAGUGCAAAGUCUGAGUUUUGAGCAAAAUACAUUUGAAUUUGAUCUGGAACAUUGUUUGAUAUACCGGUAGAUGAAUUUCCUUAUUCAGGCCCAUUUCACAAUGUGGUUGAUGUUCUUCUCUGGCCUCCAUGUCCCAGUUCUAGUCUCCACCCCAUGCCCAAUGCACCCUGAGAGACUGUAAGUGAUGCCUGUGUACGAGCAGGAGCAUGCGAGGACUCCAUAUAAGGCCUCAGGCAGCACUGUGUGAACUCAUGUUACCUAGACAGGGCAAACUUUGCUCAGCUAUAUGUGAGAGUUGUUGAAGAAAAUGUUGCAGGUUCUCUGUUUUAAAGAAAAUAAGCCAAACAAGUAGUUAGAUUAUAAUUCCAGGAGCAUUUCUUUUUGCCAUCUUCUACCCCCAGGUGAUCCCACAACCAAAGUCUGCAGCCUUUUUGACAUAUUGAAAGUGCCUUUAAGGUCAACAGGAGCCUCCUACACACUAGCCCUCACUCUCAGAGCCAUCACGGUCUGUGAGGUAAGGCUCCACCUACCUGUGAUUAUUUCCACAAGCUUCAAAUUUUUGUGUUAAACACCAAAUGUUCAAAUCUGUACAUAGUCAACUCUUAAUGUAUAUUUUUUGUAACCGUAUCCUAUGCCAAAUGUGACUUGUUACUUCCUAAUGCGUUAAAAAAAAUAUAUAUAUAUAUAUAUAAUGUGUUUUUAGCCAUGCUUGCAUUGUGGCUCUGGGCAUGGCAAGGUUUCCUGGUCAGUUAGCUAUUAGAGGAAUUGCCACAAAAUUGCAGACAUCCUUGAUCACUAGACAAAGUUUUUUGAUUAAUGACCAGCAGGUUUAGUAGCUCUAAGUGCUAACACACCAAACUGAGAUAGUGUGAAUAGUUCAUAACUGAUUCAUCUUGAAGUUAUAAUGUGAUUGUAUUGAUGUAAUGAUAGAUGGUUUUAGUCAACCAAGCAGCAAAACCCCAAAUAUGGGCUGCCAGGCUAUUGUAGCAAUGAGCGUUAUUCAAAAAACCAAUCCGUCUGAACAUUUUUCUUUGGACUAAAAUCUCAUUUUUUCGAGAACGCCAAAGAAAUGUUCUACCCACGCAACAAACAGAACCACAUUGUUAAAUAUUAUGUAUGAUGAGGUCAUCAGACCUUCUCUGACGCAAUGUUUUUAGCUUCAAGACACGACCUGCCCUACUCUGCCUCUGAUUGGCUUAGCCUCAUAUACUAUCUUAGCACUAACCAGUCUCAAUCCUCAUGGCUAAACCUUACCAACCCAAUCAACAAAGGCGAUAAGUUCUAGCCAAUCAGAGGCAGUAAAGAAAGUUUUUUUUCCGAAAGGUCCAAUGUUGCCUUUCUUCAUAUUAUUUAGCCAUGUCCUUCUGUUUUUCAGGAAGAGUGUUCUGGAGCAAUUGGCAUUUGGUGUUUGUUUUUUGGGUAACAGAUAGGCAAAUGGGCUCUCAGGUCAAUGGUUCAUUGGGUUUCAGAAUAAGUUUCCAAAAAGAGAGCUAUGAUUAGUAGUUGGACACACUUUUGGUCCAGAACAAAAUAUAUUUUGGUACUCACUUUCAUGUUCCACUGAGAGUGAAUACCUGUUUGACCAAUACAAAACAUGAUACAUCCCCAAUAGCCUUAGAUUUGCUUUUGAUGCUAAUUAGUAACAUUUUGAAUGCCAAUACUCCAAAACAGGAUGAUAAUCAAUGUUGAGAGUGUACCUGUCAGGCAUGUGAGUACCAUCAUUGUGAGUAAGUUAGCAUGCUUAUGUUAGCAUUUAGCUCAAAGCACCACUAUUCCGGUGCAGUCUCUCAGAGCUGCUAGCAUGGCUAUAAACUCUUGGUAUUGUUUUAAUAUAAGGUAUACUUUUAAUCCUAAUAACAAAUCUAUUUUCCAUGACUUUCUUACUUCAUUUUUGCUAGACAAAUCUUCAUUGUACAUAUGCUUUUUUAUUAUCCAACUUCCUAACUUAAUAUGCUAUGCAUUUAUUGUUUUGUACACAUGUUUUGAUAUUGCACUAUGGCAUGACAAACUAUUAAUCCUGUUUUUCUGUGAGUCCAUCUGGCUUGAAGUCAUCUGCAGAAGAGGUUUGAGACAGAAAUUAGUUAAAUGUGAAUUAUAAAUGUACUUUGUAACUUUAAGUUGUAAAUAAUAACUCAGUAAAGUUUUCGAAUUCCCUGUG